ACUCAAAGCAGCAGAGCCACGAAUGCGAUUAUCAGCAGCUCCCGACGAUGCCUCUGGCCAAAGAUCUGUUGAACCUGUCCUUUGAUUUUGAGAGAAGGCAGCAUAAGAAGAAAAGGCUUGUGCAGAGUCCCAACUCGUACUUCAUGGAUGUGAAGUGCCCAGGUUGUUAUAAGAUCACGACUGUGUUCAGUCAUGCGCAGACGGUUGUGUUGUGCGUUGGGUGUUCAACAGUGCUCUGCCAGCCCACAGGAGGAAAAGCAAGGCUGACCGAGGGUUGUUCUUUCAGAAGAAAGCAACACUGAGAAGGAUGAAGAAGGUGUGAUGCAUCUUCUUAAUGCCUUACUUUUCAUUGAUUACAAUGAAUGAUCUUGAAUAAUAUGAUAAUGAAUGGUGCAUGGCAGGUUCUUUCUACUGUGCUAUCAGUUCAGUGCUUCUGAAUAAAGUUUCUUCUGCAUGAUA